UUGUGACCAUAAACGGCCCCUUCCACUGUGACUUCGAGAGAGGAGAAGACUGCGGUUUCAUUCAGAGCACUAAAGAUGACUUUGAUUGGACCAGGCAUACAGGGAACACCGCUUCAGCCAGAACCGGACCCAAUGGCGAUCACACUGACGGAAAAGGUUAUUACAUGUACACGGAGGUGUCUGGUAGUUUGAAGGCUGGAAACAGGGCAUCCAUGGCCACCCCUCCAAUCAACCUCAGUGGCAAAGUGUGCAUUAGCUUUUGGUACCACAUGUACGGUAACUCUGUGGGAGAUCUCAAUGUCUACACCAGCCGAAAUAACAGCAGCAAGACGCGUGUCUUUGCCUUUUCAAAGAACCAAGGGAACGUUUGGAAGUAUGCUCAAACUGCUUAUCAAUUCACCGCCCCAACUCAGGUAAUAUUUGAGGGAGUCCGAGGUGCUAAUUACGACGGAGAUAUCGCAAUUGAUGACAUACACGUGGUCCCUGGAGACUGCCCUGCUCCUCCCUCUACGUCUGCCCCAGCAACGACCAGACCAACUACCAGACCCACCUCGGCUACAGUAAAACCUGCAGUGGUAAGUGGUAAAUUUGUCUGCAAUUUCGACAAGGACAAUUGUGGAUUCAUUCAGAAAAAAUCGGAUAACUUUGACUGGACAAGAUUGAGGGGGAACACGACGUCCGCCAAGACUGGACCUACGGGUGACCACACUACUGGUACUUCUACAGGAUACUACAUGUUCAUUGAGACGUCUAGUCCAAGGAAAGUGAACGACACCGCUAUCAUGAUGAGCCCAGUACUAAAUAUACAAGGACGAGUCUGUAUCAAAUACUGGCUCCACAUGUAUGGAUCCAGUGUAGGAAGGCUGACGGUUUCUACGUUGGAUAGCAAUAAUCAACAGAGACGUAUGUAUUCAUCGUCUGGAAAUCGGGGCAAUAGAUGGAUUAUGGUUUAUCACAAUUGGGGCUUUGCUCUCCCGACACAGAUUGUAUUUGAAGGCGUUCGUGGUCUUUCUCACACUGGUGAUAUUGCAAUAGAUGAUGUCAGUGUAAUACCAGGGAUAUGCCAGACGGCUGCUACGACUACACGACCGCCCGUCACGACCCAAAAACCAGUCAGUACCGUACGGCCCACCAUUCUUACGGCACCUUUCACGUGUAACUUUGACAGAAAUGUCUGCGGCUUCACACAGAGUUCCUCUGACCAGUUUGACUGGACAAGACACCGAGGAAACACUUCAUCCCAAAAUACAGGACCUUCUAAAGACCACACCACCGGAUCUGGGUAUUACAUGUACAUUGAAGCUUCCUCUCCACGACGCCCCAAUAACACAGCGAUCAUUCACUCGCCAACAAUUAAUAUCAAAGGCAAAUCCUGUAUUAGCUACUGGUUCCACAUGUACGGGGGAACCAUGGGGAGAUUGACAGUCUCAGUGUUGAUAGGUAGCAAGCGAAAUGUUCUCUUUACAACAACUGGGAACAAGGGAAAUACGUGGAUCCAAAAAAGACACACGUGGGCUUUUGAUGUGCCGGCUAAGAUCGAGUUUCAAGCUAUCCGUGGUCUUAACUAUGCUUCUGACAUCGCAAUUGAUGACGUCAGCGUCACCAGUGGACCCUGCCCGGUAGUAGCGGUGACAACUGCCGCUCCUGUGACAACCAGAAAGACAGUGAGACCUCCCCAAACAACGAAAGCUCCCGUUAGCCCAGUGGUACUAAGCGGCGCUUUCAACUGUAAUUUCGACAAAGACACCUGUGGCUUCACCCAGGAUAAGAGUGAUACCUUCGACUGGACAAGAAAAUACAGGACCACCAGUUCUGCAAACACUGGCCCAAUGACUGACCAUACGACUAAAGCAAACGGUCACUACAUGUACAUUGAAACAUCCAACCCACGACAACCCAAUGAUGCUGCCAGACUGAUCAGCCCUGUUUUGACCAUGCAAGGCCAAGUGUGCAUCAAUUACUGGUAUCACAUGUAUGGUUCCACGGUCGGUGCCUUUAAUGUUUUCGUCCUGUCAGGCGGCAAAAAGACCGCUCUUCUCAACCUGAGAGGAAAUAUGGGUAAUCAGUGGCGACAGGGACAGAGUAACUGGGUCUUUACUGCUCCAACACAGUUGGUGUUUGAAGCCAUCCGUGGCAGCAGUUACACUGGUGACAUUGCCAUUGAUGACAUCUCUGUGAACCCUGGGCCUUGUCCUUCCAUUGCACCAACAACUACGAUGAAACCAAGGGCAAUAGUUCUUAACUGCGAUUUCUCUAAGGACCUCUGUGGAUUUGUACAAAGUACGACAGACAACUUGGACUGGUUGAGACGCUCCGGAUCAACGCCCUCUUCCAAUACUGGCCCUACUGCAGACCAUACAACGGGAUCAGCUUCAGGUAAUUAUUUGUUCAUUGAGACGUCGGGAAAAGCAAUUAACGACAGCGCUUUGAUCACGUCACCCAACCUGAACGUCACCGGAACCAUCUGUGUCAGUUUCUGGUACCACAUGUACGGGGCUGAUAUGGGCUCCCUUAAGGUAUACCGCGACAGGGGUGGCGUGCGUUCUCCAAUCAUGGUACUCAGUGGGAACAAGGGAAAUAAGUGGCUUCAGGCAGCAGUCACUUUGACCAAUGUGCAACCUACCUACAAAGUUGCCUUCCAAGCAAUAAGAGGGAGGAACUACAGGAGCGACGUGGCCAUUGAUGACAUAUCAAUUACUAAGGGCACUUGCAGCGGAGGCGGAGCGCUAAUUGGCUAAAAACAGAACGAAACUUAUCAAUAAUAGUGCAUGAUUUCUUAUGGCGCUUUAAAUUUGGGUUAAAAUGAAUAUAAGUUAUCAAAUUUAUUAUAACGUAUGAAAAUAAAGACCUUAA